AUGAAUACCCGAGUGAUGACUGACUAUGAGUUUAGACAAUGGAUUGCAUUGAAGGCUAUGAUUGGAAACACAGCGACAAUGUGUCCGACAAUCGGAGGGUUCGCUAAACUCAACAAAUCAACACUUAUUUCGUUAAGUACUAUCGCUACUAAUAGCGAUCAAUCAUUACCACCACUAGUGACCACCAGUUCGGGUGUAGUGCGGGGACAGACACUUCAUUUACUUAAUAAAUAUGUCGACCAAUACUUAAAUAUACCGUUUGCCGAACCACCGGUCGGUAGGUUAAGGUUUGCCAGACCCGUACCAUUGAAAGCACCCAAAAAUGAUAUCAUUGACGGCACAGAAUCGGGUAACAGUUGUAUACAAGACUUUUUUCAAGUGGACAGAGGUCUGACCGAAAGCGAGGACUGUUUGGUGCUUAACGUGUGGACACCUAGUGAUGCAAAAAGCAAUAGUAAAUCAUUAAAACCGGUAAUGUUUUACAUAUAUGGCGGUGGAUUUGUUUUGGGUUCAAUUUUUGAUGACAACCUCAACGGAUCAGUUUUGGCCACUCAUGAUGUUGUAAUAGUUUCGGCCAACUAUCGUGUCGGUAGUCUUGGCUUUCUAUACGGUGCUGAUGAUAGUGCACCGGGAAAUCUGGCAUUAUAUGAUCAACUGUUGGCACUUAAAUGGUUCAGAGAUAAUGCACAGGCAUUUGGUGGUGACAGGGAUCAGAUUACUAUAUUUGGUCAAUCGGCCGGCAGUUGGUCAGUAUCGGCACAAAUAAUGUCACCGCUGUCUAAAGGACUGUUUCGAAGAGCUAUUAUGCAAAGCGGUGCGCAUAUCAAUAGCAAAGACCAACCUAUUUAUGAUACGGUGAAUGCACUUGAAAUGUCUAAACUAACUGCCAGUCAAUUGGGUUGCGAUCCCUAUGACUAUCACUGGUUGGACUGUCUGCGCGAUAUCCCUGAUCCUCAAGUGUUUCGCAAUAAACCUGAAAAUUAUAGUUCAAUAAAGAUAAAUUAUCCAGCUUAUGGUAGCGAAUUUUUACCACAAUUACCUCAAAAAGUAUUUAAACAUGAUCAGUUUUCUAAUGAUAUCGACUUAAUGGCCGGUUCGGCCACUCAUGAGGGACCAAUGCUAUACUAUGCAAUGCAAUCCAACCUCGAUUUGAUUAAUCAAAUUAAUGAACAAUUAUUUAGUUCAUUACUAGAAAAAUUAGAAAAAUUUCAUCAUAAUCUAGAUAUUGAUAAACUAACUGGAUACUAUUUGAAUAACACUAAUCUAGAUAACAGUAAAGAGUUAUACAUGUCAUUGGGCCAGUUGUACGGUGAUCUGGCUUUUCAAUGCCCGACCUAUAUGUUUGCCAAAUUGUAUGCAAAAUAUAUGAGCCAAUCGGCUCCGGCACCAAAUGUCUAUUACUAUCAAUUGGCAUACAAAUCGGUUAAUCAUUUUUGGAAACCUAUGGAACCAUUUACCGGCCAUUUGGCUGACGAUAGUGUUGUACAUCACGGAUGUGAUAAUGAUUUUAUAUUUGGUUUACCAGUUCAUCGACAACAAGAGUUCAGUGAACAGGACUAUGAUUUUAGUCUAUAUAUUAUGAAACUGUGGACCGAUUUUGCUAAAUAUGGUAAACCGAGUAAUGAUUGGCCAAAAUUGUUUGACACAACUGAUGGCGACGACAACCGAUUGGUGUCCAAAUUAAAAAUAUUAACACCGUAUGACUUAACACGUGUUGAAAAAAAUCCAUUUGAUAGCACGUGUGACGUUAUAACACUCAUAUACGUAAUCAUAAUUUGUUUGUUUGGCGAUUCAAUUAAACAAAAUUGGCAAUUAUGUGGACAGUUAGUCAAUAAUAUGAAUACCCGAGUGAUGACUGACUAUGAGUUUAGACAAUGGAUUGCAUUGAAGGCUAUGAUUGGAAACACAGCGACAAUGUGUCCGACAAUCGGAGGGUUCGCUAAACUCAACAAAUCAACACUUAUUUCGGCGGCAUUUAUGGUUAUCGUAAUGGCCAUUUGCUCAGAUUGA